CUGCAUUCCACCAAGUUCUGUUCUAGGCAUUUGCCUUCAGCUUCUCUUUCUCGGAAGGACACAUCAGUGGAUGAGCAGCCAUGGUGCUGUCUCACCUCCCUCUCUCCUCCCUCUGCCUCCUCUUCCUCUCUCCCCUCCUCUGCACCUCCUUGUCACACACUUCCACCCGUGGAUACACUGUGCCUGCCAUGGCUGCAGCAGGCCCGAUCCUGCAGAACCGGCCCUUUGUUGUGGUGUGGAACAUGCCCACAGCGCACUGUCAGGACCGCUACGACAUCCACCUGGACCUGAGAGACUUCGAUAUAGUGAAGAACCAAGAGCAGAGCUUCCAGGGACAGAAAAUGACUAUCUUCUACCGGGACCACCUGGGGAUAUACCCAUACCUGUCCCAGGAUGGCAGAGAGGUGAACGGAGGAAUCCCGCAGCUCGGUAACCUCGCCACUCACCUUCCACUUGCAGAGAUGCAGAUAUCCAGCAUGUUGCAGCCAAACUUCACCGGUUUAGCUGUUAUCGACUGGGAAGAGUGGCAGCCACUGUGGAAGAGAAACUUUGGGACCAAGAUAGUGUACAGGACACUGUCCAAGCUGCUGGUGAGACAGGAGAGACCAGAUUUGUCUGACAAGGCCUUGACAUUAGUGGCGAAGCAAAGGUUUGAGAAGAGCGCACGGAGGUUCAUGGAGGAGACGAUGCGGUCUGCGGUCAGACAUCGUCCUCAAGGACUUUGGGGAUAUUAUGGUUCUCCAGCCUGCUUCAAUAAACAUAAGAGAAAGACAGAUCAAAGCUACACAGGUCGAUGCCACAGAGGGACUAGAGAGGAGAAUGAUCGUCUGUCCUGGCUGUGGACUCAAUCCACUGCUCUCUAUCCCAGCAUAUACCUGCCAACGCAGCUAGCAGGGUCUGUAGAUGCAGCUCUGAUGGUCAGACACAGGCUGCUAGAGGCUUUGAGGGUGGCAUCAGUUUGGCCCCAUGCCAACAAAACUAACCAGGCCACACCUGUCCUUCCCUAUGCCAGGCUAGCAUUCAUACACACACUCAACUUUCUUAAUCAGACAGACCUGAUGCACACAUUGGGGGAGAGUGCGGCACUCGGAGCUGCUGGAGUGGUGUUAUGGGGAGAGCUGAAAUUUGCCAAAUCCAAGCAUCAGUGCCUCCUUCUCAGAAACUACAUUCACACCGUCUUGGGUCCCUUCGUCCGUACAGUGAGGUCCAACACCCAGCACUGCAGCCUCAAGCGCUGCAAUGGCAACGGGCGCUGUGCCAGGCAACACCCCAGCUCUGGUCACAUGAUCUCUUCAGCUUCAGCUGUGACCUCCGACCCUAACGAUGUCAACCCCCUUACCGACUCCUCCAGAGACAACACUUUGCACAAGCACUUCCUGUGUCAGUGCUACCCAGGUUGGACUGGGCCAGAGUGUCGGGAGAAGAAGGAUGGGAACAGGGAGAAGGAUGUGUAACCCACACCUAUAUGUUAAG